AUGCCUUCUCCAUCACGACCCAGCGACCUUUUGUUGCCAGAAUACGAGGACGACUCGGGCUCACCGCUGCCUCUCUACUCACAGACACUGGGCAGCUCAGAAUGUCUGGUCCAGACUGAAGUACCACGUCGCACAAAUUGCGCAGCAUGUGAAUGGAUCUUCCCAACGAAGCGCGCUAGAAUCAACCUUGGAAGGCGCACAUGGAAGAUCAGCGGCCCCGCAUACGGUUUAAACGCGAACAUCGACGGCCAUGUGCAGUGGGCUGAUAAGAAGCACCCUUUGGAAUCAGUAACCGCAACACUCGAAGGUCGUCUGAAAACAUCAUUCCCGGAGAGGAUACCUUCCUCAGACGAUUCAUCCUCCCCAUUCCUUUCGUUAACAGUCCCAAUCUACAAAGCAGACCAGGACUCUUCAGUCGACACGUCCGAAAUCCCAUUCUCCAUUCCUUUCCCUUCGUACCUCAGAUACAAGGGGGAGGAGACACUCUGCCCGCCUUCUUUUUACCACUCGGACCUUCAUUUCCUCUGUGAAAUCACAUACUCCAUCCGCUUCGAUAUCUCGUGGAGGAAGAAGCCUCGCUGGAAGAAAACAGAGUCACGAAAUAUACCUAUUUACUACCUCCCCAAGACCAACCCUAUAGUUCCACCUAUCUGCGUUUUGCCUCCAGCCUCACGUCACCUCGAGAACCCGCCCUUGUUCCUCCAAGGCCCUGAACGAAUGGAAUCGUUCCCUAUUGCACCUUCAUUUCGGUCAAAGUCUAACCCUGGAUACAAGCCUACCAGGCAGCAACGCCUCAAACUCGAAUCUUAUCCAGAUUCUGUCUACCUCUCCCUGCCUGUCCCAGCAUCUUUCACCUCAGGUCAGGACAUCCCCUUCAUGCUCUCUGUCUCCUUCCGCUCCGAACCCUACCUCGCCGAACUUCUCUGCAAAUCCCCUGAAGUCCAGCUCUUCAAGAAGGUCGGGUUUUUCAGGAAGCCCUCUCCGGGGGAAGUAGGCCCGGCAAUCGAACGCGCUGCACUCGUGUCAAGCGCCACUAUUCGCAAGACAUCCGGGUGGGCAGAGGGUAUGAUUGUGUUGAAGGGCGAAAUUCAGGCAGGCGAUGCAGGGUCAGAGCAGAGCUGGGUGCUGAGGGAUUCGGCGUACGUCCAGUAUGUCCUCCGGGUCACGCUACGACCACCAACAAGUCUAUCAACGCACAUCCCAACGUUCGUCCAUGAGGCCCCAAUCGAGAUAUGCACGUCGAGUUGGGGUUCGUUGGACAGGGAGAUGGCCUCAAGCGGAGGGAUGACGACACCUGCCGUCAGUUUGGCAAGUAGUCUCAGGAGGCUCUACUAG